ACAGACCAUCUGACACCUUUCUUUUCAUGGUAAACUUUGAUAAAAACAGCCGGAGUUCUGGGAAGGUGAGCCACUUCCAAGAUAUACAUCAAUUUGACAAGAGACCACACAACCAGUCUCCCGCCGAGCCACGCCCAUGGGGGAGGGGCUUGGACUGGGCGUGCAUGCUGGUUCCAUUCCAAAUCCUGGCCCCCUGGAAAACCGGACUAGAAAAGCUGUCCCGCUGCCUCCCAGCUGCAGAGUUUACCCCAGGUUCUUUGGUCUCCGACGGCCUUUCUACGCACACGCAGCCAUGUCUUCCGACAGACCCGUGGCACUGGUGACUGGUGCUAACAAAGGAAUCGGAUUCGCGAUCGUACGUGAUCUCUGUCGUAAAUUCUUGGGGGACGUGGUCCUCACGGCGCGGGACGAGUCACGGGGCCACGAGGCGGUGAAGCAGCUGCAGACCGAGGGCCUGAGCCCACGCUUCCACCAGCUGGACAUCGACAACCCGCAGAGCAUCCGCGCGCUGCGUGACUUUCUGCUUCAGGAGUACGGAGGACUGAACGUGCUGGUCAACAAUGCGGGCAUCGCCUUCAAAGUUGUUGACCCCACCCCCUUCCACAUUCAAGCAGAGGUGACAAUGAAAACCAACUUUUUUGGUACCCAAGAUGUCUGCAAGGAGCUACUCCCUAUAAUAAAACCCCAAGGCAGAGUGGUGAAUGUAUCAAGCGGCAUGAGUCUCAGGGCCCUGAAAAGCUGCAGCCCGGAGCUGCAGCAGAAGUUUCGAAGUGAGACCAUCACUGAGGAAGAGCUGGUGGGGCUCAUGAACAAGUUUAUAGAGGAUGCAAAGAAAGGAGUCCAUGCGAAAGAAGGCUGGCCCAAUAGUGCAUAUGGGGUCACCAAGAUAGGGGUGACAGUCCUGUCCAGAAUCUAUGCCAGGAAACUCAAUGAGGAGAGGAGAGAGGACAAGAUCCUCCUGAAUGCCUGCUGCCCUGGGUGGGUCAGAACCGACAUGACAGGACCAGAAGCCACCAAAAGCCCAGAAGAAGGAGCAGAGACCCCCGUGUACUUGGCCCUUUUGCCUUCAGGUGCAGAGGGGCCUCACGGGCAGUUUGUUCAAGAUAAAAAAGUUGAACCAUGGUGAAUCCAACUCUCACCCCCACCCCCCACUCCUUCUAUCCUGACUUGGUGAAAGCCAAGGGACAUUUAUAAUAUACCAUCACUUCUGGAAAAAUAAACAUAACUAAGUCUUUAAGCACA